CGCAGGGUGGCUUGGAAACGCUUGCCGCAAACCUCAGACGUAGUGUCGUAAAGGCGAUCUAUGCGUUGGGAGAAGUGAAGCCUCCCACUGACUUAACCAGGCCGGAAAAUGAGCUGAUAUAGUGAAAAACAAGCUCCAAAAUGGCAGCAUACAACGCCGAAGUCGAUGCAGGGCAUUGUGUUGUGGUGGAGGUGAGCCCAGACAUCCACAUCUGUGGUUUCUGUAAACAGCAGUACAAUAACUUUGAGGUUUUUCUCGCCCAUAAACAAAACGGGUGUUCCCUUCCCACCUGUGACACACCGGGCACCCCCGUGACAACCUCCCUCACAGAUUCCAGCUCUGAGCUGGUUUUUGAGGAGACCUACCAGACCUGUGUGAUGAGAGGCAUCAAAAAGAGUCUGACCAAAGCACAGAAAACACCCUCCAAGAAGCUCAAACCUGCUCCGACGUCAAAGAAACACUCCUGCUGUUUUUCAGGUUGCACUUUUAAAACCCAGUAUGGCCAAAAAGACAUGGAGCGGCAUCUGAAAACACACACCGGUGAAAAGCCGUUUGAAUGUGAGCUGUGCCACAAGCGCUUCAGUCGGCGGGACAAGCUCAACAUGCACAGCCGCUCGCACACCGGCGAGAGGCCGCACAAAUGUAAACACUGUCCGUACGCGGCGGCAGACAGCAGCAGCCUGAAGAAGCACCUCAGAAUCCACUACGACGAGCGGCCGUUCAAAUGCCAGAUCUGUCCAUACGCCAGCCGCAACUCCAGCCAGCUCACCGUGCACCUCCGCUCCCACACCGGCGAUGCACCUUUCCAGUGCCAACAAUGUGAUGCAAAGUUCAAGAUCAACUCGGACCUGAAGCGGCACGUCAGGAUCCACUCCGGGGAAAAGCCUUACAAAUGUGACUUCUGUGAGUACCGCUGCGCCAUGAAAGGCAACCUGAAGUCUCACGUUCAGAUCAAACACAGCAUGGAGAACUCCUUUCAGUGUCUGCAGUGUGACUUCAAAUGUGCCAGUAAGACCGCCCUGCGCCAGCACGCCAGACAGCAUCAGCCCACCCAGCCCAUCCAGUGCUCCAAGUGUACUUACUCCUGCUCCAGCAAGGGGGCGCUCAAAGUCCACGAGCGGAUCCACUCUGAGGAGCGGCCCUUUAAAUGUGACUUCUGCACUUUUGCCUCCAAGCAGCUCAGCAACCUCAUCAUCCACAAGAAGAAGUGUCACUCAGAUCAGCCGGAGAGGGGCGGCGGGGGGAAGGCGGGCCGAGGGGGAGGGAAGAGUUCUGCCACCGACCCUCCAAAACCACUCGGCUCUCGGUACCGAGCCAAGCUGGAUGCAGCUCGGGCCUUCUGCUGCGACUCUUGCGACGCUUCGUUUGUGAGGGAGGACUCUCUGCGCAGCCACAAGAAGCAGCACCGAGAAGCUGAGAAGACCAUGCAGCUGUCGGCUGAUCCGGGCAGCCUAGAAGUUCCCGUCCCUUCUGGCUCGGUGCCGCCUUACAGCAACGCACAGCUCAAAAUCAUCCUCCCUCACAAUUUGGGUCAUCAGAACCCCCUGAUCCCGGUGACUGGGGACAGACAGAGCAAGAGCAACAUGGUGCUGCUUAGUCCAGAACACCAGGACAUGGUGGUCAGCUCUAUGAUCCAACAGGUCAACCUGCUGGCACCGAUACAGUCCUUGGGCUCAUCCCAGACUGCAGGGGCCACCGUGGAACCCCAGACGGUCCUCCUGACCCAGCUCAGCUCAGAGGACUCAAGCGGGCCCCUCCACCAGGCCCUCCUGCAGACGGCCAUCAGCGCUCCGGACUCCGGCAGCACCCAGACGUUGAUCACCGCCUGCUCCGAGCUGGAGGGCUUUAAUACCUUAAUCCAGGAGGGUGGCACUGAAGUGACCGUAGUCACAGUCGGGACCACAGCUCCACCGGAUGUGGGCUUGACUGAGCCGGUGGGGUCUUUGAAGGUGGAGGAGAGCGCCUUACCCUGUCAGGAAAGCACGUUACUGGUUCCGGACGUCAGCCUGGGCAGCCAGAACGUGGUGAUCCACGGAGUUCCACUGAUCGUAUCCGCUCAGCCUCAGCAGAGCUCUCCACACACAGACUUACACACCCUGCAGUGACACGAGUGUUUGACUUUCACGGCAUUAUAAGCUAUUUCUUUACCACUGAAAUUACAAUGCUGUCUACAUGACGACUUAUGCUACGUUUACGCUGCAGGCAACAGACUCAAAUCUGACGGUUUCAUCCAUAUCUGAUCUGUCUGAAUGAAAUAAAAAAUACUUUAUUAAUCCCA